GUGUCACUGCAUAUCGCGCAUUUUUGUAAUUAACCCAAACAAGUUAAAGUUGGGAAAAAGUGUGGAAAAAAUGGCAGAUAAUUUUUAUAUUGCACUCAAAUGCUCAAGGAACCACUGCAACUUGGAAAACUCGUUGGCUCUGGCUCACAAUUUGAGGUAGAACAGUCGCCAUUUGGGGCUGGCGAUGAUGACUUUAAUGUCGACGAAAUGGAAGAUUGUGAUAACGCUCCAGAUGUUGAUGAAGAAGAGCUCGCUUCUCCAUCGACCCAAUCGUUCGAGGAACUCAAAAAAUUGAUGGAGCCGCUCAAUGAGAACAUUUUUAAGCGCAUCACACGUGAGGAGCACCAGGGCCGAGGUCUGGUGCCAGACAAGGCACGUGUCGCUGUGCGCUAUAGUGGUUAUUGGGAAGGCGAGAGUUCUCCUUUUGAUUCCUCAUUGAUGCGCCGAACUAAAUUCUAUUUUGAGACCGGUGCAGGUUGCGAUGUGCUAGAAGGCCUCCAGGCUGCUGUACUUAACAUGCGCCCAUAUGAAAAAGCCGAAUUUAUUAUAUCCUAUAAGUUGCUAUUUCACGAGAUGGGCUGCCCGCCGCGCAUUAAACCACGUUCAGAUGGACUUUUCAAAAUCGAAGCUCUUCACUUCACAUUGAUCGGGGACUCAGAUGCCUUCGCGUCAAUGGCCGCUGUGGAUCGGGACAAGUUUGCAAUAGUUUACCCCAAGGCAUUAGACAUGCACAUGCAUGGCAAGGACUGUGUGAAGCGCUUUCGCUACCGCAACGCCGUCACUGCCUUCGAGCGGGCCGUAAGCUCUCUAAACUAUUGCCGUUUAGCCAAUGAUGAGGAUGAGCGCAAGCAAAUCGCUCUGUUGAUCACUCUCAAUCAAAACUUGAUGAUCUGCUACAAUAAAUUGCAUAAUCCCAAACGCGUGUGCAUUACGAUGAAAGCCUUGCGGCGUCUCACUGAAAAUAAGCCCUCUAAGGCCCUGUAAGGCCCUCUACCAGGAAGGUUGCGCCCUGUCCGCCUUAGGCGAAUAUAAGGAUGCUCGGUGUAUUUUUAUGCAGGCUCAAGCCAAGCAGCCCGAUAACAAUGAGAUCAGUGCUAAGAUUACUGACCUGGACAAGAAAAUCAAAAAAUACAAAGAGGCAUCUCAGGACAUUUGGACUCGUGCGUUGUCAGGCCAGAAGUUUAAAGAAGUAAA